AUGGAUAUCAUGGGAACUCCGGAGCAAAUCUCAGAAGAAGGGCAUCUCAUUCAUCAAAUUCUUGCUGAGGUACUAGGAGAUCUAUCAAAAUUUGGGUCAGGCCUGUUUUUACUGGUUCAAGUGAUUAUCUUGAUAGGCUAUACUCACUCCUAGAAUGAUGCAUGGGUAGAGAAAGAUGAACAAAAAUGGUAUACCGCUUUGCUUGUUGUAUCAAUUGGAUGCUACAUUGCAGUAUUUGCAUUUUCAGGCAUUCUAUUCAUUUGGUUCAACCCUUGUGGUGAAGACUGUGGCCUUAAUGUCUUCUUCAUUAUUAUGACCAUGGUUCUUGCAUUUGCAUUUGCAGUAAUUGCACUACAUCCCACGGUAAAUGGCAGCCUCCUACCUGCUUCUGUGAUAUCAGUUUAUAGUGCUUAUGUGUGCUACACAGCUCUUUCCAGUGAGCCUCGUGGCUAUGCUUGCAAUGCUCACCACUCCAGUGUUGUCUCUGUUGGUACUCUUCAUCUUGGGAUGGCAACCAUUCUUUCAGUUCUGUACUCUACAUUACGUGCUGGAUCUUCAACAACGUUUCUGUCACCACCUUUUUCACCCAUAGCAGCUGAAAAGACACCUCUUCUUGAGGGGAAAGAGUUGGAAGAAGGGAAACAAAAGAAUGACAAAGAAGUAAUACCUGUCAACCAUUCAUACACAUUUUUUCACCUGAUAUUUGCCUUGGCUAGCAUGUAUUCAACCAUGCUUCUUUUGGGUUGGACCAACUCUGCUGAGAGUUCAGACCUUAUAGACAUUGGCUGGACAUCAGUUUGGGUCCGAAUCUGCACAUAAUGGGUCACGGCUGCACUAUACAUUUGGUCACUUGUGGCUCCUUCACUUUUCCCAGAUCGCGAGUUCUAGGUUGCUCAUCCACUUUGUUCUAUAGGUUCCCAAAAAUCUCAAAAUCUAGUUGUUUACCUGUAAAUCACAGAUUUUAUCAUGUAGUUAUCUAAGUAAUCUAACUAGCUUUUAAGAUGGUCAUGGUUGGGGAGUAUUAAGUAAAGUUGAGCUCGGUGAAUUUUCGAUAUGGAUCUCCUUGUAGUCUCGAGUAUGUAACUGUUGCUUUUGUGUAUAUAACUAUAUAUGGAGCUAAACUUGCA